CUAUUUAUGACCACCACUGACCAGGAUUUUACGCGGGCAACGGGGCCGUUCUUCUACCCCGCUGUAGAACUUCUGAUGCGCCGUCAGUUCUCACGUGAAUGUUGCCGAUUUUCGAGUGAAUGCUUUAUUGAAUUUAUGUGUCGAUGCUAGGUAUUUGAAGGAUUGAUGUCAAUUGUGGCCUGACUUAAACAUGCUGCGAUCUCAGAAAGACGUGGACAAACAUGUUCAAGAUAUUUUUCGCAAGAUAACCAAUGAAAAGGAGAGAAACUUACGUUGCUACAAUGUAGCCAAAUUGUAUCAGAAGGUUGGAGACCAUCAAUCAACCAAACAAUAUGUGGAACUGUACCUAAGGGACCGUCCAAAAGUAGCCGGUGCCCACAAACUUCUUGGCCAAGCUCUAGAGGGUCUCAAAGACUACUCCAAAGCUUUAGAAGAGUAUAAGUGCUCCUUGACCUUAGAGCACAGGCAACCAGAUCUUGUUUUGAAAGUGUGUGAGCUUCUUGUGGAAACCAAGACCAAAAUCAAUGCAGGCGAAGCGAAGUAUUGGAUUGAGAAGGCUGAAGAAGUUACAGAUAAUCAUCAUGCUGUCUUUCGCCUCAAAGAAUACUUGUUGACGAUGGAUAAUGGUUCUGGAGACAAUGCACAGUUGGCUCAGCUCAUAGAAAGAGAAAUUGAAGCAAGGCCACUAGAUCAUGUUCCUAGAAUAAGGUUGCUUAACUUGUACCUGGACUCAAAGAAAGUGAUUGAUGCCUACAAAUAUGCAAUUGAGAUCGAAAGCCGCAAUCUUUUCCGGGAUAAUCUGCAGUGGUACACAUGCAUUGUUGAAGUUAUCAAGGCUUAUCAGAGGGAGUCCACAAACUUAAAUGGUGAAUUUUAUGUACACCUGCUCUCCAUUCUUGAGCGCUAUGUGACUUUGUGCUUCCGAGAGCAAGUUGGAGGUCACUCCUCAAAUGUUAGCAAUGCUCUGUUUGCUUUGGAUCAAGCCUGCUACGAAGCCUUCAAGUUCUCUGAAAAAGAUGGGAACCAGCUCCUUCUAGAGUGUUUGCGUCAUAUGGGUGGCCAGCUCUGUUUCCACUUAGGGGCUGCCUGGCUGCGAAUCGGCAAGCAAAGUCGCAGUACUGGCUGGAAAGAGUGCACACCCUAUGCCUGGGCAUUACUAGCCCUCGCCUAUUCCCCACCAGCAACUACCGAUGUAUCAUCUCUUAAUGCAAAAGACAAGACCCGUAGACACCUGAAACUUUGGAAGGAGGAUGCUGCUUUCCGGUGUACUCAAGCAGGUCAUAUCUUGCUGAGUAUGCCUCGAGACCAACAGCUGGAGAGGUUUUCUCAAUGUAGUAGUGGUAACUGGCGAGGAAAAGUUUUUUCUAUGCUGUUCCCAGUUCAAUCUAAGAACAAGACUGAUGCUGAAAAAUCUUCUUUCUUUACUACCAAUGAUCGUUUUGCUGACAUACCAGAAGUCUCACCAUCUCUCAGGGACAUUGCCCUCCAUGAUGAAAUUGGUCAACAUCAUCGUCCAGAUUCCCUUCAUGCCCUUGUAUGGCUGGGACUAAGGCACUUAGAGCCUCCAUCCAAGAAUGUUUCUCCAUUGGGCAUGCCUUACAUACUUCCUUAUAAGCUGUCACCCAGCUUUGCUUGUCAUGUAUUUGAAGAAAUGAAAUUAUCCACAAUCAAUUUGGAAACUGGUGGUGUGGAAACUUUAAGCAGGCUUGACAUUGACACCUUUUUAUAUGCUGCAGUAUUUUGUGCUGCUGCAGCCCAAGAUGAGCGCAAUUUUUUGGGAGAUGGCAGACUAUCAGUUCUUCCUGUGGACUUGACUGACACAUUAUGCACAGACGCCCAAUCUAAGUGGUGGCAGAAUACCUACAAACUCCACUCUAACAAGUCACGAAAUGAUAUUGGGGAAGUUCGAAUGGUUGUUUCCAGAGGUCUAGAAGUGGUUCGUCUCCUUGGAAAUCAUGGAAUGGAUGUCAGAUUGGUGGUUCUUCUUGCUAAAGUAUUCACUGAGAAGGCUUCUGCUUUGAUAACACCUAAAGAUAAUAUACCAGACAUAUCGAAAAGGGCUUUACUGUUUUGGCAAUGUGCCAUCACACUUUUAGAACGCAUGGAAAGAAAUCAUCCCCUUCGUGUUUCUGGUAAUCCCAUGUUUGUCUACGGAGGAAAGGAUCUUACACCUUCAGAAAUUAAAAUGCUGCUUGAAGAGGGUCGUUUCUUCAUGGCCUGCCGCUUGAUGAAAGAAGAUAAAUACGAAGAAGCGAUUGAAGCUUUCCAGGACCUGAAAAAUCCCUAUGCCUCCUUUUAUGAAGGUUUGAUGUAUAAGAAACUGGCUGAUGCUGAACUGAUGUCUCUUCCAAAUGAAAAUGUCAGUUCGGAAAUGAAAUCAAAAUAUAUCAUCUUGCUCCAAAAAAGCCUUUCAGCUCUUCAUCUUACCUUAGACCGCUUGCGCUCUCCUCAAAAUGCAGGCAACCAUCCUCUUAGUCUUGAGCUUGAGCAGCACCUUCAAGAAGUUGAAAACUGCCUGAUGAGAGAAGACAGCAAUUUUGUAUUCUCCAUUGUUAAUAGGAAUCCUCAGGAUAACGUUUUGGAUGAUAGCUUCACAUCCAAUCGCUUUGAUGAUUCCAUCCAAAAUGCUUCUCGUUUUGUAAACACCUCAAUGCAUUGUUCAUUGCUACCCAAUGUGAGCCGGGUGAAUGGGCAAGGGUUAACAAGUACCCCAUUCAAAGGCAAGCGUAACAUUGACUCGACUGGAAAUCUUGAUGCUUCUCAUUCUCAAAGACUGGAGGCUCGCCCCAGUCCUGAAAGAUUAGAUGCUCAGAUGAGACGCAUGACCAUCACUACAGAUGCAGUCAUGCAGGUUGUUGUAGAACAAAAUAGACAGAUGCUGGAUCUAAACAAGACAAUGAUGGAUGCUCUUGAGAAAACACGAGCAUCUGUUGAAGAUUUGCAGAAACAGAUGUCAGACUUGAAGCUGGAAGUUGGGAAACUUAAAGGUGGUGACAACCGUGGUCUAUCAGGGAAGACUGUGGACUAUUCCAACAUGGCAGCACGUGGAGCUGAUGUCUACGACUACGAUGUGGCAGCGUCCCAGUUUCAUCCUACUCGAGGUUAUCCAUCAACUGCAUCCUAUGGGCACUUCCCUGGUCAAGGCUACAGCUAUGACAACUGUGCUGCAGCAAACAACAUCCACCCAAUACCCAGCAUGCUGCAUCAGACUUUGCUCCCUCAGGCUCAGAUGCCAUUGUCUCGGAACAUGGACCCUAAUCUUUUGCUUGCCUCUUACUACCCUCAAGCUAUGGGACAUAAUUUCAGUGAUCGGCAAACUGGGAUUCCUAUUUCUAACACCCUGCCUGGACAGAUUGCAACACCUGGUCAGAGCAAUGUGCAAGUAGCAGGUGUUCCGGCAGCUGCAGAUGCUGCGUCUGUGGAUUCAUUCAGGAAGACAUCUUUAAUGGGAACACCGAUCAUAAGUCACACAACAAACCAUCCGAUUGACUUGUGUGCUUCAAGUUCCAUUUCUUCUGUCUCCCAGCCUUUGCUGCCAACAGUUGAUAUAUCAGCUCAGCGUUUCAACUUGGGCUCUCAAUCUGGACUAUCCCAUGGAAGCAAAACUUCAACUUCAUCUGCAGAUACUGUGCCUCACAACUUCCAAAUAUCCAUGCCACCACAGGCCACAAUUCCAACCACAGAAUCUCUGGAAAAGUCCCUGUCUCCCCUGAAGCCCAUCUCAACUGACUCUAUUCUUCCUAAUGUACCCAUGCCGACAUAUUCUGCAGUGUCUGCCAAGGGAUCUGACCAAAAAGUCAGUCGUCACUCAACUGGAUCAGCUAGUGGGAAUGACACAUUUACUGAGGAUGCAGACUACAACCCCUGCGCUGACUUCAAGCCCAUAAUACCUCUGCCUGAAGAAAUAACGGUCACUACUGGAGAAGAGGAUGAAACAGUGCUCUUUGUGCGACGAGCUAAGCUGUUUAGGUUUGUUGCUGGAGAAUGGAAAGAAAGAGGAGUUGGGGAUAUUAAAAUUCUGAAACAUAAUAUUACUGGUAAACCCCGAAUUCUUAUGCGACGUGAACAAGUGCACAAAAUCUGUGCGAAUCAUUUCAUCCUGCCAGAGAUGGAGCUAAGUGCCCAAAAGGGAAGUGAUCGUGCUUGGAACUGGGGAGCUAAUGAUUUCUCAGAUGGAGAAGCUUGUAUUGAAAAGCUGUGUGUUCGGUUCAAGACUGUAGAAGAUGCUGAGCAAUUCAAGACUGCUUUUGACGAUGCUAGAAAAUUGGCCAAGAAUGCAACUCCAGUUAAAGGUGCAUCAACAGCCGUGUCAAAACCUGAGGGCAAGACCAUGACACCAGGGAGUCAAGCUUCCACUGCUCCUGCAGGAAAGGUUGAAUUGGGAGGAUUCUCUUUUAUCUCUCCGCCUGUCUUGAAGCCCGUAGAGCGGCAAGUGAAGACCUCUCCAGGCAAAGACAAAGAAAAUGUUGCUGCCGUGUCAAAGCCUAGUCCAUUUGCUGGCUUUUCAUUCACUCCUUCAACGACAAAUGCUUUUGGAAGUGCAACAAGUUUGGCCGGUUCCAGCUUUGUAAGCACGUCAACAGCUGCAUUUGGCUCAGUUUCUUCAAGUUCUUCAACUUUAUUUGGUCAAAAAGUGUCACCCUCUGUAGCCUCUUCUACAACAGCCUUAACUGAUAAGCUCAUGUUCAACAACAGUAACAGCUUGCUCGAUUUUGCUGCCAUUGCUGCACAAAGUAAGGGCUCAGAGGUGGGUAAGAAGGAUUCCAAUUUCAAGGGAUUUGCAGGGGCAGGUUCCAAAGUGUUUGGAAGUACAGUUUCCAAAGUCUCUGAUGGAAACGUUUCUUCAUCAAAUGAUAGCAAGAGUAUUGAUCAAGAUGCAACAGCUGAUGGUGAUGAAUUUGAGCCUACUGCUGUUUUCAAUCCUGUUAUCCCACUUCCUAGUUUGGUUGAAGUCCGCACUGGUGAGGAAGAUGAAGAAGUAUUAUUUGCUGAACGUGCCAAAUUACUUCGGUUUGAUGCAUCUAUGAAAGAAUGGAAAGAAAGAGGUGUGGGAAAAAUGAAGGUCCUUAAAAACCCCAAUACUGGCAAGGUGCGACUUUUAAUGCGAAGAGAGCAAGUAUUGAAAGUGUGCUGCAAUCACUUUAUCACAAAAGAUCUUCAAUUUAAAUUAAUGACAACGAGUGACAAAGCUAUCACCUGGUCCGCACAAGACUUUGCAGAAGGAGAAGUAUCUGUGGAAGUGUUUGCAUUGCGAUUCAAGAGUCCAGAGCUGAUGCAUGCCUUCAAGGAUGUUGUUGAAGGUGUUCAGAGCAACAUAAGUGACUCUGCCACAAACAGUCCAGCUUCUGCACCAAAACCAUCAACCAUUAAGGAUGCCCAGCCACUGGCGGAACUUUUUAAGCCGCAAGCAGGUUCCUGGGAAUGUACGGGCUGCUACACUAGAAAUGGUGCUGAAAUUACAAGCUGUCCAUGUUGUUCUCAGCCCAAACCAGGAUGUGAAGCAAAAGUUGCUGAAAGCAAAUCCGCCACGAACUCUGCAUUUUCAUUCGGAAUCAAAACCAAUUCAACUGAUGAUGCUAAGUCCACUUCAGGUUUUACAUUUGGUAACACAGCAACAGCACCUCAAAGCAAACCUCUGUCUGAAUUGUUCAAACCUAAAGAAGGCUCUUGGACUUGUGCGGGCUGCUACACUAUUAAUACUGCAGAGCAAUUAACUUGCCCCUGCUGCUCUCAGCCUCAGCCAGGUUCAGAGGCCAAGGUUGCUGAAAGCAAAUCCUCUCAAAGCUCCUCUUUUUCGUUUGGAGUAAAGACCACUUCAUCAGAUCAGCCCAAAGCUCCAAGUGGCUUCGCGUUUGGCAACAUCUCAACUGAUUCAAAAGACAAGACUCCUCUUUCUGAACUGUUCAAACCUAAAGAGGGCUCAUGGUCAUGUGAUGCAUGCUAUACCAGAUGUGAUGCAGAUGCAACUGCUUGUAUCGCAUGUGAGGCACCCAAACCUGGCCAUGAAAACGACAAAAAAAGUGCAGGCAGUACCUUCAGCUUUGGCAUGCCUAGUGCUCCUGUUGCAUCAUUUUCAUUUGGUGUGGCCCCUUCAGGAGAAGUUAAAUCUUCAUUUCCAUUUGGCCUUCCCACUUCUACAGCUUCCGAUGCUGAUAAAGGAUUCAGCUUUGGUGCUGGUACUCAACCGACUUCCUCGAGUUCCUCUGGGUUUACUUUUGGAGCUUCAACUCUUACUCCAAAUCAGCCCUCAUUUGCUUCUCUUGCUUCAAGCCAGCCAUCAUUUGGUUCCCCUCACAAGUUUGAAUUCCACAUGAAGGCUCAGUCACCAUCAAAAUCUCCUGGGAAAUCGCCUGGUGCCCCUUCUGGUGAGGAAGAUUCGGAUGAUGACCAUGUAGAAGAAAAUCCUGAUGUUGGUGAUUUCAAGCCUGUAGUCCCACUGCCAGACAAAGUACCUGUAGUGACUGGAGAGGAAGAAGAAACUGCCCUUUACUGUCAUCGGGCUAAAUUGUACAGAUUUGUGACUGGUGAAGGAGCACCAGAGUGGAAGGAACGUGGUUUGGGUGACAUCAAAGUACUGCGCCAUAAUGUUACCAACAAACCAAGGUUGUUGAUGCGUCGUGAGCAAGUUUUAAAAAUUUGCCUCAACCACUACAUAUUACCUGAUUUGGAACUGACCCAAAAAGAUGAAAAAACAUGGAUGUGGCAUGCACAGGACUUCAGUGAGGGUGUGCUUGCCCCAGAGCAAUUUGCUUGUCGAUUCAAGACAGCUGAAAUUGCUGCUGAUUUCGCUGCAGCUGUUGAAGAAGCAAAGAAAUUAACUGUGUUGCCUUCUCCGGGAGCUGGUACUACUCCAAUCAGGGCUAAGGAUGAGUCAUCUACAAAGGGCUUUGUAUCUACCAAAAAUAUUCCGAACACUGCUGGAAGUGACAAACCUGGUGUUGUGCGGUCCCUCUUUGGAUCAAAUGAUCAAUCAUCCUCUGCCAGUGAUGAGGUGGAGGUUGUUUAUGAAGCAAAGGUAACCCCUGAAGAGAAGUCUGCUGCUCUAAAACUUAUGCUGCCAGAAAAUUUUUACCGUUACAAGCAGGCUCCUCCAUGUGAAGGUUGCCCUGGUUGUGAAAAGGACUCAGAUUCAGAUCAGGGUGAUAACCAGUCUUCUGUGGAUUCUUCAAAAGCUCCAGCCAAAAGUUCAUCAACCACUUUCUCAUUUGGUUCAUCAUCACCAGCUUUUGGUAGUGGAGGGAACUUGUUCAGUGCAGCAUCAUUUUCUUCUCCAUCUUCAACCGUAUUUGGUGGAAGUGCCAAAUCAGCAUCAACUACCUCAAUAUUUGGUGGUGCCAGUAUCUUGGGAACAAAUCCUUCCUCAUUAUUUGGUGGCACUAGCAGUUCAAACUCUACAGCAACAAUAUUUGGGGGCACUAACAGUUCCAUUCAAGCCCCUGUUUCAUCUUCAAUAUUUGGUGGCAUCAGUUCCAAAACAACUUCUGCUGCUCCUACUGUGGGAAGUUUAUUUGGUGCAGGAACUGCCAGUGCUGGCUUAGGCAGCACAGCAGUCAAUUCUCCAAGCACUGCAUUCCCCAUUCUUGGCUCACUGACAGCUGCUUCUAAGGAAGAGAAGUCAGAAAAAAGUGAAGGUGUAUCUUUCCUCCCUGUUGGCAACAGCCCCUCAUUUGCAAGUCUAGCUGCUGCCAACUCCAGUGGGAAUGCCAGUGGAAAUAUCUUUAAACUAGGCAACACAAGUAAUCAGUCAUUUACCUUUGAUGGGGCUGGGGCCAAAGUAUUUGGCGGAGUUAGCUCAGUAACACAAUCAAAAAAGAAUAAUGAAGAAGAAGGAGACUCAGGUGGAGAACAUGAUACCACUGAAGUAGAAACGCACGACCCCCAUUUUGAGCCAAUAAUCGCUAUGCCUGAUAUAAUUGAGGUUCGUACUGGAGAAGAGGAUGAAGAGAAGGUAUUCUGUCGGAGGGCUAAGUUGUUUAGGUUUGAUGGGAAAGAGUGGAAAGAAAGAGGUGUUGGAGAAAUGAAAAUUCUUAAGCACCCUGUGAAUGGCUCGUUCAGAUUAUUGUUGAGAAGAGAGCAAGUUUACAAGGUGGUGUUGAAUCAACGGCUUCAUGUUGAUAUGGAACUGGUUCGUUUGAACACCUCUGACAAGGCCUGGUGUUGGGGUGGAAUCAACCAUGCAGAAGAUCCUGAAGGAGUUGUGGAAAAGUUGGCUGUCAGAUUCAAAAACUCUGAGGAAGCAGAUGAAUUCCGCUUGAGAUUAGAGGAAUGUCAGAAGAUGAUUGCGAAAGGUCAAGUGGUCAAAGAUGGUGAUGAUGAUGAUGAAGAUGAGGAAGAUGAAGAUGAUGACGAUUAUGAGGAUGAUGAAAAUGCCUAUGAGGAUGAAGAGGGUGAAUUUGAAAUCCUUUUUGAGAAGCCAGCUGCUCUAGUAGCUGAAAUUGAAGGCGUAGAAAAUUCAGCUGUGGAAGGAAAGGGUGCUAUCAGAAUUGUACUCCAACCAAACCAUUCAUAUGUUGUUGAAAUGGAAGAUGUUUCUGGCCAAGUCCUCUGCAGAGCACCCAUCACAGGAGAUGUUGAAGUUUCUAGAGAAAAAAAUAUUUGCACAUGGAAAAGUUUUGACCAUGCUGAAGACUAUGAACAAGGUAUUGAUAAGAAGUUUGUUACUACUUUUGAAACUGAGUCGGAUGCUGAGUCUUUCCAAGAUUAUUACUCCAAAUAUACUUUAGAGAUUGUUGAACGAUCAUAUGAUUAUGUUGAUGAACAAGAAGACUGAGAAGUGCAUAAGUGCAUGUGCAUUUUGGAUUUAUAUGGAAAGGAAACUUCAUGUCUGUGAUUGUCUACUUAGUUUGAAAAAAAGAAUUAAGUCAAAUGCACUUUCAAUCAUUUUAAAUGUAAUUGAUGUAGUUUAUGAAAUUCUGUUGCAGCUUGUAUUUCUGCAUCAUUAGUUUUGUCAGAUUAACUGUAGUGUAUUUUAUUUUGUUGAAUUUUAAGAAUUGAUUAGGCUACAGUAAAUUUUCAGUCAGUCCUUGUUAAAUUAUGAAGCAGGCAGUGCGGCCUUCAUUGUAAUUAAUUUUAAAGGUACUCUAUAAUUUAGAUUGUGUGUAUCAAUAAAAAAAGCACAGUACUUGUCACAAAUUUAA